UUCAAAACCAAAAGCAGAUCUGUCUUAGCGGAGUACUAUAUCUACUAUUUUCGGGUGAGAAAGGAACUUUAAUGUUCUCCAUUAGGCAUUUUAUAGAUCGGUUUUGCUCUCAGAUACGACCUUCAACAGUGAAUUCAAAACAAAUAGUUGGGGAAACACUUGUUUCCUCUCAGAACGAGCUCGAGAUCGAUCGGUUUCACCAUAGGAAUCCCUUUUAACAAGAUUUUUAUUCUCAUAAGGUCAACAUAGAAAGUUUCUUAUAACUGCAUAGAUCACGCUGUUCGAUCUGACAGAAUAUGAAACUCGUCGCUGAUGGAACUUGCAAUAGUACGGUUCGGCCUUCAGAUUGCAGUCCGUAAUGUAAAUGAGGCGGAUUAGGAUUUUUGAGUCUGUCGAUCGAUCUGAAACUGUUUCCCACUCCCUUUUCCUGGCUUAGAAAGAGUUGGAAUUGAAGAGAUUUUGCUUGGAUCUUUAGAUUUUUGGCUGAAGAUCGCUGUGCACGGCGCUGUACAUUAAUUACACUAAGGAAGAUCUUGCUCAUUUGCUUAACGUGUUCCUAGAAUCUCGCCAAUACGCACUGAGCUGGUUAGGGUGAUUUCUUCGAGUUCAAACUUCAUAUUCGGAUUGUGUAUUUGACUGUUCAAGGUCUUCCAAGUGAGAUUUCUGUUGUUGUAGUAGGUUUAUAGACUUGCGGUAUAGCCGGAAGCUGAAUCAUAUUAAGCAGUAGGCUGCUUGAUUGCAAUUUGAGUGCCUGUUCACUCGGCUUGGAGUUUGUGUUGCUUAGUGACUUGGCUUGGCAUAGAGUUCGAUUUUGACAAUGCAGGGUUUCAGAGCCAAAAGCAGAAUAGCAGUUCUGAUUAUUACAGCGGCAUGGAUUGGUCUUGCUGCUCUAUACGGUUUGUUGAAACCCGUUCCAAAUGGUUGUAACAUGACUUACAUGUAUCCUACAUACAUUCCUAUUUCUACUCCUGCAAACGUUUCUUCCGCAAAAUAUGGAUUGUUCUUGUAUCACGAAGGAUGGAAAAAGAUUGAUUUUAAGGAGCAUCUCCAGAAGCUUAAUGGCGUUCCUGUUCUUUUUAUUCCAGGAAAUGGUGGAAGCUACAAACAGGUACGCUCCUUGGCAGCAGAAUCUGAUAGGGCUUAUCAAGGAGGUCCACUCGAGCGUAUGUUUUACAAGGAAGCAUCUCCUUUGCCUGAUGAGGGAGUAGAUAAUAUGGAUGUUAAUGGACUUUCAUUACCCAACCAGUAUUCACGGAUGUUGGAUUGGUUUGCUGUCGACCUUGAAGAAGAACAUUCUGCAAUGGAUGGUCGGAUAAUUGAAGAACAUACAGAAUAUGUUGUCCAUGCUAUUCACAGGAUUUUGGAUCAGUAUAAGGAGUCUCACAUUGCUCAAUCUAAAGGUGGUGAAACCACUGCGAAGUUGCCUAGAAGUGUGAUAUUAGUUGGUCACUCCAUGGGCGGUUUUGUUGCUAGAGCUGCAAUUGUGCAUCCACAUUUGAGGAAGUCAGCUGUUGAAACUGUUUUGACUCUUUCAAGUCCACACCAGUCACCUCCUGUGGCGUUGCAGCCAUCCUUGGGUCAAUACUUUGCGAGUGUAAAUGAGGAAUGGAGAAAAGGAUACGGGGUUCAUACACAUGCAGGCAAUUGGGUGUCUGAACCUGCACUUUCUCAUGUCGUUGUUGUUUCUAUUUCUGGUGGCAUUCGAGAUUACCAGGUUCGGUCAAAGCUGGAAUCUGUUGAUGGACUUGUGCCCCCAACUCAUGGUUUCAUGAUAGGUAGUACAAGCAUGAAGAAUGUAUGGCUGUCAAUGGAGCACCAGGCUAUUCUAUGGUGUAAUCAAUUGGUUGUACAGGUUUCACACACACUUCUUAGUUUGGUCGACUCCGAAACAGGUCAACCAUAUCUUAGCCCUAAAAAAAGACUUGCUGUAUUCACUAGUAUGCUUCGCAGUGGGAUAUCACAGAGUUUUAAAUGGACGAGGCAUUCAAAAUCAUCUGAGCUUUCCAAUCGUGUUAUGGAUGAUAACAAGAAAGAUGUUGCUGGGUCUAAGGCACAGAUUUUAUCCCCUUGUCCACGAUAUGUUCAUUGGAGUGAUGAUGGCCUUGAUAGGGACUUAUACAUUCAGACAACUACUGUAACUGUUUUGGCAAUGGAUGGGAGGAGGCGGUGGUUGGAUAUACAGAAACUGGGAUCAAAUGGAAAAAGCCACUUCAUGUUUGUUACAAACCUUGCUCCAUGUUCUGGAGUAAGAGUUCAUCUUUGGCCUGAGAAGGGUAAAACAACUUCAGAAACACCACCUAGUAAAGGGGUCCUGGAGGUAACAACAAAGAUGGUGAACAUUCCAGCUGGACCAGCUCCAAGGCAGAUUGAACCAGGUGGCCAGACAGAACAAGCACCUCCAUCUGCUGUAAUUCUACUGGGUCCUGAUGAUAUGCAUGCAUUUCGAUUCCUCACGAUCUCAGUUGCUCCUCGCCCGACUGUGUCAGGUAGACCACCACCAGCCGCUUCCAUGGGAGUUGGACAGUUCUUUAAUCCAGAAGAAGGGGAGCAAGAGUUAUCUGCUUGGUCUAUGCUUCGUUCUGCCUUUUCUCAAGAGGAACUUUUGCUGAAGGAGGAUCAUCCUCUUGCAGUGAAUCUUUCAUUCUCUGUAAGCUUAGGGCUUUUUCCUGUGGCUUUGUCUGUGAGAACACUAGGCUGUGGAAUAAAAAAAUCUGGUCUUCCAGAUGAAGAAGCUGGUGGUUUGGAUCAUAGCAAGCUCUGCAAACUGCGUUGUUUCCCACCUGUAGCAUUUGCUUGGGAUACAACAUUGGAUCUUCACAUAAUUCCAAAUUUGUAUUCUGAGACAAUUGUUGUGGAUUCUGCACCAGCAUUUUGGGAUUCAACUCAAGGGUCUGACAGGACUACUGUUUUGUUGCUGGUAGAUCCACAUUGUUCAUACAAAAUCACUGCUGCUGUCUCUGUCAGUGCUUCAGCCAGCAGAUUUCUGCUUUUAUACUAUUCACAGAUGGUUGGUUUUUCGAUAGCUGUUAUAUUUUUUGCUUUGAUGCGACAAGCACGUGCUUGGGAGCUGGAUUUGCCUCUUCCCUCCUUGCUGGAAGCUGUGGAAUCCAAUUUGAGAAUGCCAUCGUCCUUUCUGCUUCUAGCUGUAGUACCCAUUUUGAUUUCCUUGUUCAUCUCCCUGCUUACUUCGCAGCCAUUCCCUCCACUAACCAGCUUCGUUAUCGUUUCCAUAAUUUGCUAUUCAUUUGCAAAUGGAACUGUCAUCAUGCUGAUUUUAAUCUCCCAAUUUGUCCUAUAUUUGGUUGCCAUUCUACAUGUUUUCAUCAAGAUACGGUGGCAAGUGUGGGAUGAAAAUUUCCAUUUUACAUUUCCCCAUCGAUUCCUUAGGCUUUUCUCCAGUUUCCUUUCAUUUAAGGCAUUGCGGAUUCUCAGAGGCAAUACAACUCUUGUUACGGCACUUGUUGCCUCUGCUUUGGUGUGUUUUGUUCAUCCGGCAUUGGGUCUGCUCAUAUUGCUUCUAUCUCAUGCUUUAAAUUGUCAUACUGCUCUCUGCAGUGUUUUGGCGGCUUCAUUUCGCAGCCACGCUCGAAGAAAGGAGUUUGAUGCCAAAAUCAACGGCAAUGAUGUUUCUGAACAGUUGAAUCACAGAUCAGGCAGUGGAUUCAACCCUCUUCUUCCUCUGGAGGAAAACUUCCCUCACAGUCCACACACUGCAAAAAGCUUCGGUGACACACAAUUAGAGAUCUUCAACUAUUGGCAUGGCUUGCUGAUGUUGCACCUCCUUGCAGCCCUCAUGUUUGUACCGUCGCUUUUGGCUUGGUUGCAGAGAUUUGGGAUGGGUGAAAGCUUUACGUGGUUCUUGGACUCUGCUCUUUGCAUUGGUGUCAUCCUCCAUGGACUAUGCUGGUCAAAUCCUGGGUUUAAUUCCCUUUCUUUUGCAUUUUCAGGCAUCUGGGGCCAGGAAGUUGGCCUGAGCUUUAUCUACCUUUUUGCUGGAUACUAUUCAUAUGUAGUUGGCCUUGCUUUGGUUCCCUACAAAACGUUUUACGCUAUGGCUGUCAUUGGGGCCAUUUCCUUGGCUUUAAGGAUCAUUGAGAGAAGGAGCAGAGAGAGGGGGGAGGCAUAUUUUAGCAGCCGGAGGCAUUCUCAUAGACACUGAUGCAGCUUAUCUUUCCAAAAGCUAUGCAAACCAAACUAGCAAAGCAGGUAGCAGCUCCUCCCAUUUGCAUUUUCCCUUUUCGUGCUACAUGGUGAUAUAGUGACAGGCACCAUGGAUACAGCCUGGUUGCCAGAGGUUUUGCAGUUCCGAUGUCUUUAGAGACCUGAUUUGACAAUGUUUAUGAUGAGUGAGGAUGAAGGAAACAGAGGUUCUAAUUGUGUGUGUGUGCCCUCAUCCGGGCUUGUGAAAUUUCAUUUCAAUUGCCCCCCACCCCCUCAGAAUGUAGAUAUUACAUGGAAAGUGUGGGAAAGUUUCAAUUAUGCCAGUUUCAACACUCAUUUAGCCAA